UGACCUCCAUCCAUUGUCCGUCUCCGUAAGAUGUUGGAAAAAAUUCUUGGAAGCAGGCUCAUCGCCGCGGGGUCCACUAGCCCCUUUUAUUUUUGUAGGUGGUGACUGUUGUCGGAGUGUUGUUCCCUUCAUGUUCCCUAUCCUUCUCCGCUGCAUAAUCCUGUUAUGUACAUUCUGGCAGGUGGCAACGCUCGUCGGGUACUACAUGUCAUUUCCAUCAUCGCGUGCAUGCAGCUCGCGCGUGGUUUUCCGUUUAUCCAUAUUUGCAAAGCUGCAGCUAGAAAAAGAUCACUCUUAAUGGUGCGGUCACAGUGCCCAGCAAUCUUGUUCGUCUUUACUCUAUAUAUUCUGUCUGCGCAAUCCCAGUCGGCUUCGGUUGGAAAUGAACCUACACCCGGUCCUGUCGUCUUUACCCGGUCUGGAUAUGUGCGCGGGCUGCGUGAAGUGGUCGAAGGUCGUAGCUUGGACGUAUUCUACGGAAUCCCCUACGCGGAGCCCCCGGUUGGUCCUCUAAGGUUUAAGAAGCCAGUCCCAACAAUGUCCUGGUCGGCACCAUUGGACGCAACAGAGAAGAAGCCAUCCUGUGUCCAGUUCUCGGGCAGCAGCGUCAUGAGCCAAAUUCAGCCGAGCGACGACGUCAUGAGUGAGGACUGUUUGCAUCUCAACAUCUGGGCUCCAACUGGCGGAAAGUCGAAAGCCGUUAUCAUCUUCCUCUACGGCGGUGGUUUCCAGUGGGGCUCGAACAGAUGGCUUCAGCAUGAUGCGAGGUACCUGGCAGCCCUUGGUGACGUUGUUCUGGUAGCACCCAACUACCGCGUAGGCGUUCUUGGGUUCCUGAAUGGAAGGAAUGCCAACAUCCCUGGGAACGCGGGGGUGUGGGACACACUGCUUGCACUUCGCUGGGUGAAGUGCAACGUCUUGGAGUUCGGAGGCAAUCCAGACAUGAUUACCGUGAUGGGAGAGAGUGCCGGGGCAGUUAUUACGGGGCUUCUGAUGAUUUCUCCCGUGUCUGAACUGCUGUUUCGAAGGGCGAUCAUGCAAGGCGGGUCUCCGUUUUGGUACCUGGGAAAUACGACCGGUUCUGGACCUUCAACAGUGAAUAGCGUCGCUCUGAAGCUAGGUUGUGGCGUUACCUUCAAGGAUAACCCCAGUGAAGUGGUCCAGUGCUUAAGAAAUGCGUCGGCCAGUGAUCUAGUGAACAAAACUUCAACCCUUUUCGGCAUAUUACCCUACCAAUUGUUUCCUAGCUAUAGUGACAGACUGUUCCCUGAACCUCAUAUUACGAUGAUCACGAAAGGACCCAUUCGCGACGUUGACCUUCUGAUCGGCUCCAAUGCAGAUGAAGGUGCGUUCUUUGCCUUGCCUACGUUGAAGUGGUUGUUAGGCGAAAACUACUACGACAAGCUGAGCAAGCGCAAGCUCAUAAGCACGUUCACCGUUUAUAUUCAAAUUGUGACCGGAUUCGACGCAAAAGAUUUGGUCAAAUCGUACUUUGAAGGCCUGGAAGAGACUGACAAGACUGGUGUUCUGAAGGCUGUGGCAAAAGUAAUGGGCGACUACGCGAUCAGCUGCCCCGCAUUGUUUCUGGCUGAUGAGGUAUCUCGGGACAGGACAAACGCUGUCUACUUCUACGAGUUCUCUUAUCGGCCGACACGUUCGACGUGGCCGCCGUGGGUUCAGGCUACGCAUUCUCAAGAACUCGAAUUUACCUUGGGAUCCGUAUUUCUUUUCGCUGAUGAGUUCAGUGACGAUGACCGUCAGCUUAGUCGGGACAUUAUACAGACUUGGACUUCUUUUGCGAAGACUGGGAAGCCGUCACCAUUGCGAGGAACGCAGUGGGAGAAGUACACCCCGCUAAAGAAAGCCCAUCUGCGUAUCAACAGUGAGACUUCUGUUGUUGCCGUGUCACAUCGACCGCGAUGCGACCUACUAAAAAAAUACAUAAAGCAAUACUUCGAAUGAACCUGCAAUGAAUGUCGCCUUUUGUAUGCCAAUAAUGGAAAAUAAUGAAUGUAUGUUUAA